AUGAGAUCAUAUCCGCAGACACAUCUGAUCUCUUCUUUCGAAAUUCUUCACAUUUCUCUCACAACCGUAUCCAUGAGUGCCCAGCCAGACAUGAUAUCGAACCUUCCGGACGAACUUCUUGUUCAGAUAGUCUCAUGCUUGCCUUUCAAGGAAUGUGUUCGUACAAGUGUUCUGUCCAAGCGGUGGAGGUAUCAGUAUCGUGAGACAACAAACCUUGGUUUUAAGGAAUCCGAUUUCGUGAGCCCUUCUCUCCAAGAUCCUGAUAGAAUCGAUGCUAGGCAGCGCUUUGUUGAUUUCGUGUUUCAAUGGGUCGGUAGAGUCCAAAAUCGAGUCGUCGAAAGCUUCGAGCUUUGUCUCUCAUCUCCGAGGGCUUACUUGGCACAGGUCGAGGCCCUGAUCGCGUUCGCCGUCAGGAAACAAGUCAAGAAGCUGGUUCUUGAUUUCUCAAGCCCUACUUGGAGAAUCUCUCCCAGUGUACCAGAUCACGAGGUUUUUGUCGUAGUGCCUGAAAGCGUUUACAAUCUAACCAGUCUAGAGUCGUUGACGGUUAGCGGGUGCAGGGGGUUUGACACCAAGAGAUUCGCAGACCCGGGGAUAUUCAAGUCCCUCUCUUUCGGCUGGAUGAGAUUGUUGGAUGUCGAGUAUUUGCUAUCAAAGGCUUAUAGGCUUGUGAGUCUAAACAUAAAUAAUUGUUGGGAGCUCGAUAUCGUGGGGAUGGAAGGGAAUCUGAGAGAGGUUUCGAUUCAGAACUGUAAAUUCCCUGAUGUUUCUUUGUCCUUUGACCUGCCGAGAGUAGACAUCUUCAAGUACUCGGGAGAUAUCAUCUACCUUCGGUUUAACAGAAUGAAUACGAUCAUAAAAGAAGUUCACUUGGAUUUUCAGAUGUUAAUAAAGGAGUACGAGGAUCCCAACGACCCAAACACGCUUUGUGAUCACCUUUAUGGUCUUCGAUCUGCUAUGACCUUAACGGUCUGCCCUUACCUCCUUCGGGUGAUUCAACAACCGAUUUAUCAGAUGCAUUUGCUGCAGCCGUUGACGACACAACAUUUAGUGCUGAAAACAAGGUUGCAUCCGAAAGAGUUCAAUGGUAUUAUGAUCCUUCUCAGCAAUUGCCCGGACUUGGAAACACUCACGUUAGAUAUGCUUCCUCCAACCUCCUUCUCGACGGAUCCGACAUAUCCUGGCAUCGAUCACAAAACAUAUUGGAUGCAAAACAUGACAUGUAUUUGUCUGAUGAAGACACUUAAAGUCGUUGUGGUUAGGAACUUUGUUCGUGGCCGGAACGAUUUAAAUGUGUUGAAGUAUCUGAUUCGGUACGGGACUGUGUUGGAAAGAGUUGAGCUUUACCUGCCGUAUGGGGUGGACGAAGAUAAAAAGAAGUUUGCUAAUGAAGGAGCCGAGAUGUUGCAGCGAAGUUCGAAGCAUGUUCAUGUUCCGUGUGCACAAUUCUUGAAAAGGUGA